AAUAACUCAUUGCAAGUGGAACAGUCUCUCUCGCUCGAUGAGGCGUCCUCCUCUCCAAUUCCUCGCCGCAGCUUCCACCGACGUCUCCAUGUCUUCUCGCCCUCCGUACCGAGGUGGUCGCUGGAGAGGCUUCUCCGACCGUCCGUACGACGGAGGGAGAGGCCAAACAGGGCAUUUUGUCACCGGAGAUUCGCACUUCCGGUCUGUACACGACGCCAACCUAGGGUUCCGCCGAGGAGAUUCCGGUGGCGUUGCCGACCAAACUGGGGGGUUUCGCCCUCCACCUCUCAACGCUAGACCACCGCAUUAUGCUCAAAACGCACAGUUCCGUCAGCCUCCACCUUAUAAUAAUUAUAAGAACAAGAACAACAAUAAUAAUAAUCAAAGCCAACAGACUCGGCCGAACCGGCCGUACUAUCCGAACCCAGGGUUUCGUCUGCCUCAGCACCUUCGCCCGAAGCCAUUGGAUUAUCGUAAUUGGGAGUAUGCGACGGAGGUGCCGCCUCCUAAUUCUGAGCGGUUUAUAGUUCUUUCGUAUAAUAUACUGGCCGAUUACCUUGCUAAUGACCAUCGAAACAAGCUUUACUUUCAGAUACCCCCCCAUGUACUGGACUGGGAGUGGAGAAAGAGAAGGAUACUUUUUGAGCUUGGAUUAUGGUCAGCUGAUGUAAUGUGCUUUCAGGAGGUUGAUAGAUUCCAGGAGUUGGAAGAUGAGUUGAAGCUUAGGGGAUACAGUGGCAUUUGGAAGAUGCGCACUGGAAUGCCAGUUGAUGGCUGCGCAAUCUUUUGGCGAACAUCAAGAUUCAAGUUGCUUCAUGAGGAGUGCAUUGAGUUCAAUAAGCUUGGACUUCGGGAUAAUGUUGCUCAAAUUUGUGUGCUGGAGUUAAAUAAUCAAAAUUGCACUGAAGAGACUGCAGCCCUACCGAUAAGCUCAUCAGGUUCGUGUAAGGUUGUCAUAUGUAACAUUCAUGUGCUUUACAAUCCUAAAAGAGGAGAAAUUAAGCUUGGCCAGGUCAGGGUGCUCCUAAACAGGGCUCAUUCUGUUUCAAAGCUCUGGGACGAUGCUCCAGUUAUUUUUUGUGGGGAUUUUAAUUGUACCCCAAAGAGUCCAUUAUACAACUUUCUCUCAGAACGGAAGCUAGAUAUAUCUGAAAUUGGUAGAGAUAAGGUAUCAGGACAAGCUAGUGCAGUAAUCCCUGCACUAAGACGAUAUAAUCCAAAUCCUGGGACUGGAUCUGCUAAUAAUUCAAGUUCAGAUCCAUCAUUGGUAGAUGGCAAGGAAAUUAACUCAAGUACUUCUUACAGUGAAGGUGGGCUUCCUGCUGGUCAUACUACGCAUAACGAGAUUCAUAAAUACGCUCCAGUAGCUUCCCAUCCUGAAGAGGUUUACUCUGAUGCGAACCACACUAGAUACAAUGAGAACGUAAAUGCCCCAGCUCAUUUGAGUACUGGAUCACUAGGUGGACAUGCCGAGUCCAAUGACUAUGUAGAAAAUGAAAGUGUGAACUGUGAGGAUCCUACAAUCUCCUUUCUGGGAAAUCAUGAUUCAACCAUGGCCAGGAUUGAUCCAGAGUGUGCCGAUCCUUUUAACUCAGAAAUUUCAUCAUCUGAGCGAUCCUGCCAGACUUCCUUCUCCAAUGCUGGUGAAGUCUUUCCUCCAGGGAACUUAGGAAAUCUAUCACCCCAUCAAAAACCAAAUGAUGAUGUUGGGGAGAAACUGGAGAAUUUAUCUCUAAAUGAGCUUGAUAAAGCAGUGGCAGAAGGUGGAAAUGUAGGUGAAGAUAGUACAUUUUUAUCUGCAUUGCACGAUAGUCGAGAUGCCUUCCCAUCUGAUUUUGGUCAAUUAAGAUCAGAUCUUGCAGUAUCAGAUCACUCCAAGGAGCUUGAAUCCAUUCCCCACAACUCACCUUCGAGUUCUCUGAAUGAUGAAAUUGAGGAUGAUUUAUCUCCAGGCUUGGAUUCAGAGCCUGUUGAUAUGGAGAAAACAGCUUAUGACCCAUCAUUAUGGACUCCAAUGGAAAUAGAAACAGCAACGGGCAAUGCAGACUGCAACCUUUUAGAACAUCCUUUAAUGCUUAGGAGCACAUACACAGAAGUCAAGGAUUAUUCAGGGACUAGAGACUCAAAUGGAGAGCCUUUGGUGACCAGUUACAACAGGUGUUUUAUGGGCACAGUUGAUUACAUAUGGCGUUCUGAAGCUCUCCAGACCGUCAGGGUUCUUGCUCCGAUGAAAAAACAGGCUAUGCAAUGGACUCGAGGAUUCCCAACAAAGAAAUGGGGAAGUGAUCAUAUUGCCUUGGUUGCUGAAUUGGCCCUCGUGAAAGGCGUGAGAAAUCAUAACAAGGAAGUUAAAUAGCAGUGGAGAUCUGAGGUUUGCACAGAAAAGUUGCAGGACUAGUGCACCAGUUCAUUCAGUAUUUAAUUUUUACCCUGUACCAGCAGCGAGCAUUAGCUCGUGGAGAAGUCCACAGUUUUACUCACAACAAUUUAAGGUCAGUAUAGUCCUUUGCAUCAUUUUUGUUUUUUGAUUUUUUGUGUAUAUCUUGUUACUAAAUUAAUGCUCAAGUUGUUUUCUUGCGAAUAAAAAAAAAAAUGAUUUUCAUUUAA